AGUAGGUUAGUGGUGCGGCAGUUAUCAUGGAAGGGGAAAAAAAAGUAGGUCAUUAUAUUGCUGCAGUUGGUCACUAGUCCUGUUAGACGCUUCCCACGUGUUUCAUAUUGUCUCCAUAAAAGAUCAGCUUGAGAAAUGGAGUGAAUUUUAAGAAGGGAAACCUAUGUGAACAAUUGAAAUAAUCCAAUGGCAGACCAAAGAAUGGACGUUUCCUCCACAAUGAACGAGUUCAUGCCCGCUGGCCGCACCGACCUAAUCAGCAGCUCCGUCAGUACGGCUGGCCUGGACUUCACCCGCAAGAGGAAGGGCAGCUCUGCUGACCAUCAAAUCGAUGGAUUUUCUUUUGAGGAUACCAUGGACAUGGAGACGGAAAAAGAGCUUGUAAGGGAGUGUAUGGAUCAGCAAGGCCGCCUGAAGAACGCCAGGGAAGCCCACAGCCAGAUCGAGAAGAGGCGUCGGGACAAGAUGAACAGCUUCAUUGACGAGUUGGCGUCCCUGGUGCCCACCUGCAACGCCAUGUUCCGCAAGCUGGACAAGCUGACGGUGCUGCGCAUGGCCGUCCAGCACAUGAAGACGCUACGCGGGACUGCAAACCCCUACACUGAGGCAAACUACAAACCCGCAUUCCUCUCGGACGAUGAACUGAAGCACUUAAUUUUGAGGGCCGCCGAUGGCUUUCUGUUCGUCGUCGGCUGCGAUCGCGGCAAGAUCCUCUUCGUAUCCGAAUCCGUCUCCAAGAUCUUAAACUACAACCAAAAUGACCUCAUUGGCCAGAGUCUGUUUGACUACCUGCACCCGAAAGACAUAGCCAAGGUGAAGGAGCAGCUGUCCUCGUCAGACACCGCACCGAGGGAAAGACUCAUAGAUGCCAAAACUGGCCUUCCGGUGAAGACCGACAUCGCCCUUGGGCCUUCCAGACUGUGUUCUGGGGCAAGGCGGUCCUUCUUCUGCAGAAUGAAGUGCAACCGUCCUUCUGUGAAGAUGGAGGACAAGGAGUUCCCCUCCACCUGCUCCAAAAAGAAAGCAGACCGCAAGAGCUUCUGCACAAUCCACAGCACCGGCUACCUUAAGAGCUGGCCGCCCACGAAGAUUGGCCUGGACGAGGACGGCGAGCCGGACAACGAGGGCUGCAACCUCAGCUGUCUGGUAGCCAUCGGCCGCCUGCACCCCCACCUCAUCCCCCAGCCCACGAGUGAGGACAUCCGCGUCAAGCCCACCGAGUACAUCUCCCGGCACGCCAUCGACGGCAAGUUUGUCUUCGUGGAUCAGAGGGCCACUGCUAUUCUUGGCUAUUUACCCCAAGAGCUUCUGGGCACAUCUUUCUAUGAAUAUUUCUAUCAAGAUGAUAUUGGGCACCUUGCAGACUGCCAUAGACAAGUGCUGCAAAUGCAUGAGAAGAUCCACACAAAUUGCUACAAGUUCAAGAUAAAAGACGGUUCCUUCAUCAACCUGAGAAGCCGCUGGUUCAGCUUCAUGAACCCCUGGACCAAAGAAGUGGAAUACAUUGUUUCUACAAACACUAUUGUCUCAGGUACAAGUGACUUCACAGACUAUUCUCAGCUUUCUGCCUCCCCCCAGAGUAUGGAUGGUGUACUAACACCCAGAGAUGGCAUGGGGAAGCGGGCGCUUCAGACGGUACCUGGCAUCGGCGGUGGCACGCGGCCAGGGGCAGGGAAGAUCGGACGCAUGAUUGCAGAAGAGGUGAUGGAGAUCCAGAGCAAUGACAUGCUGACUUCCCUGCUGCUUAACCGUAGGAUUCGAGGAUCAUCGCCCUCUAGCUGUGGCUCCAGUCCCCUUAAUUUCACCCCCACUUCCCCCCCAGAUUCCUCCUCUCCAGGAGGAAAAAAGAUCCAGAAUGGUGAAAUACCCGACAUUCCUGCUGCAGGGUUAGUACAAGGACCAGACUCAAUAGGCUUUCCAUACCCCAGCAACUCCAUAAUGACAGGUGACAACUCCCACAUGGGUAUUAACAUCAUGGACGAUCCGGGCUCCAGCCCAAACAAUGACGAGGCAGCCAUGGCAGUCAUCAUGAGUUUGUUGGAAGCGGAUGCAGGCCUGGGGGGUCCGGUUGACUUCAGGAGUGCUGUCUGUAACCGUAGCACAUUAGCGGGGCUUAGCCUGACCUUACUGCAGCAAGGAAAGAUCUAA